ACAAAUUCCGAGCUCUUAAUUCUCAUCUCCUCCAUCGUUUCGGACUAGCCGCAGCAGAUGGUUUCGUCGAUGCGGCAGUACACGGAUCAGGCAGAGGCGCCCUUGUCCCUCUCCCUCUCGCUGUCCCUCGGCGCCAUCGCCGACCGCAGCAAGAAGAUGCGCCGCGGCGCAGAUGGCGAGUUCGUGUGCAAGACGUGCAGUCGCUCGUUCCCGUCGUUCCAGGCGCUGGGCGGACACCGGACCAGCCACCUACGCGGCCGCAACGGGCUCGCGCUCGGCCUCGCUGCCGGAUACGAUCAGCCGGGGAGCAAGAAGAUCACGGAGCAGAAGCAGGCGCACCAGUGCCACGUCUGCGGGCUCGAGUUCGAGACGGGGCAGGCGCUUGGCGGCCACAUGCGGCGGCACCGUGACGACGCGGUCGCCACCACGGCGCAGGCACCGCUCGUGCUGCUCCAGCUCUUCCUCUAGCUGGUGUUCCAUUGGUUUCUCUCCAGUUGGUUCAAUAUAGGUAGGCAUCGAGUGCAGAUUCACCGGUUAACCUGUGUGCGCGAUUGGAUUUGUACAUUUGCUACACACUUGUAGGUGUUGAUCGUUGGUUCAUUCUCUCAUUUUUAUGAUUAUGUACAUAUUUAGGACUUGUUCGCUCGUUGAUUACUAAGACUACAUAUACGUUA